AUGCCAAUUCCAGAAUCGAAAGGUGAUCUUCAACGAUUCUUGGGUAUGGUGAAUUAUCUGGGUAAAUUUGUCCCCAAACUCUCACAAACCACCACUCCGCUUCGUGAAAUGCUCAAGAAAGAUGUUCAUUUUGACCUCCAGCAACCACAACUGGACGCCAUCCAAGAGCUGAAACGUUUGGUCACUUCACCUCCAUGCCUCAAGUUUUAUGAUCCAAACCUGCCUACUCGAUUGAAACCUGACGCAAGUGCUGAUGGUCUUGGUGCCCUCCUUGAACAAAACCAUGGUUCAGACGAUUCUCCCCAAUGGUUCCCCAUUGCCUAUGCAUCUAGAGCAUUGAGGAACUAUGCACAAGUCGAAAAAGAAGCCCUCUCGAUUGUAUUUGGAACGGAACGCUUUCAUGAGUACCUCUACGGUCAUCACUUCACUGUAUUCAAUGAUCAUCAACCACUCAAGUCAAUCUUCAGUAAAUCCAUCACUCAAUGUCCACCAAGAAUACAGCGCUUCUUCAUGAAGCUUCAAAAGUAUGACUUCAACCUUGAAUAUUCUCCUGGCAAAACCAUGGUCGUCUCAGAUGCACUCAGCAGGGCCUACCUCAACAACCAAUCAACUGAAAUUGAUCAACCUGAUUUGAUUCACUGUAUCCAAUUCACUUUCGACAAUCUUUCCAUCAGCGAUGCUCGCCUGACUGAAUUUCAGAAAGAGACAGCUUCUGACACUACAUUACAGCAACUCAAGGAAUACACUCUUAAAGGAUGGCCACAACAACGUGACAUUCCUCAAACAGUCAAGCCAUACUACAACAUCCGUCAUGAAAUUGUUUACAACAACGGCUUACCCCUCAAAGGUCAACGCAUCAUCAUCCCAUCAUCAUUGCGCAGCACCAUGAAAGCAAUCAUACACCAGGGCCACACUGGCAUUGAAAGUUGCAAAAAUCGUGCGCGAAUGUCUGUCUAUUGGCCCGGAAUAAACGCACAAAUUGAGGAUCUUUUUCUAACUGUUCACUUUGCCUAA